AUGGCGUCCCUGGAGGAAGAGUUGUGCUGCUCGAUCUGUUGUGGGAUUUUUACAGAACCCGUCCUGCUCUCCUGCAGUCACAGUUUCUGCAGCAAGUGUCUGCAGGAAGUCUGGAAGCUCAGGAACAGUAAGGAAUGCCCACUGUGCAGGAGGAAGUCCUCCAGGGACCAUCCUCCUAUAAACCUGGUCCUGAAGAACGUGUGUGAGAUCCUACAGAGAGGAAAGCAGAAGCAGACGGAUGGACAGGAACGAGGACUCCUACUGUGUGGGUUCCACCAGCAGAACAUCCAGCUGUGGUGCAGACAGGACUCAGAACUGGUGUGUCUGGAAUGCGUGACUUCCUCCACACACAGAGCUCAUGACUUCUGCAAGAUCACGGACGCGGUGCGGGAGAAAAAGAUUGGACUCACAGCAGCUUUACAACCACUGACUGAAAAACUGGAAGAUUUAGAAAAAAUCAAACGAGGCUGUAAUUCUACUGCAACUUUCAUCAAGAAGCAAGCAAAUCAGUCUGAAGCUCAGAUAAAGCAGGAGUUUGAGAAGCUGCACAAGUUUCUGCGUGAGGAGGAAGCAGCUCGGAUAUCUGAACUCAGAGAGGAGGAAGCUCAGAAGAUUCAGCUGCUCGAGGAAAGCAUCGAAAAGAUCGGCGAAAAGCUGGACUCCAUUUCCCAGACCAUCCAGAGCAUCAGGAACCAGAUACAAUCAAAUGAUGUUACUUUUCUCCUGAGUUUUGACAAGACGAAGAAUGUAAUACAGUGGACCUUACAGGAUCCUGAGAACAUACCGGUUCCUCUGAUCGAUGUCGCCAAGCAUCUGAAUCUACUAAAAUAUCGAGUCUGGGAAAAAAUGCUGGACAUUGUUCAGUACAUUCCGGUGUGUUUGGAUCCGCUGUCUGCGCACCCUCAGCUCUCCCUGAGUGAGGAGUUAACCAGCGUCAGCUACAGUCACCGGGGGAAAUCCGCCCCCCCAAACCCAGAACGCUUUGACCUCUACGUCUUCGUUUUAGGGGCGGAAGGGUUCGACAGCGGCUCACACAGCUGGGACGUGGAGAUCGGCCCCAAACAGGACUGUCGCAUUGGGGUGGCUCAGGGGGGUGUGCAGAGGAAGGGUCACUUCUCCGUCUGCCCCGCCGAGGGCUUUUACACCAUCGCCCUCCGUAAACGAGAGUUUCGUGCAGGAACCCUUCCGGAGACUCGACUGGAUGUUAAGAAAAGGCCUCCGAGAAUCCGAGUGAGUUUGGAAUAUGAGAAAGGCGAGGUGACGUUCAGUGAUGCCAGCGACGGGACUCUGAUCUACACCUUCAAGGAAACGUUCACAGAGAAGCUGUACCCGCUGUUCGGCCCCUCGAAAGAUUCCACACCUCUACGUAUAUCACAGAGGGUGGUGAGAGUGACCCACGAGGGGUGACGGAGACCUGAGGGUCCACUGAUUAUUAAUUAUUAAUAAGAUCCUUAUUACACACUGAACAUCACCAACGUCCUGCUGGGAAGUUUUUAUUUGCAUAUUCAUAAUUAGUUCUAUAUUCCUGUCAUUGGAGAUGAAAGAUGAUCCCAGAGCAGAGCUGGUAAUGAUUCUCAGUCAGUGUUCCGACACAUUUCAAUCUAAAAUUACAUUUAAUUUUAGUUUUAAUUUCACAUUUCUGACUUUAUUGUCUUUAUUUGUAGAUUUUUCAGUCUUUGUAUUAAUUUUUGUCUUUGUGUUCAUUUUCUGUGACUAAACUUUUG